UGUCAUUUAAUACUUCUAGGUUAGUGUCUGUUGAUUCCACAGCCACUCCAAAAAUAUCAAAAAGUGUUCAAUUUUUUUUCUUAACGAAAGAAGUGAAGUUAUUCAUUAAAAAAUUAUCAAUUAAUUGGAAAAAAUGGCAACGUGUUUGGAGAACAUCCAAAUGCCUUCCUGCAUGUGGUUCGAAGCUGGGGAAAAGCGAAAUGCACUCAUGUCGAUGCUUGCUGGAACUCUGUUUUUCACGGGCUGGUGGUUUGUCAUUGACGCUCACGCCAAGUACCACACAGAUAUGGCCACUGCUUAUCACGUUUGUGGAGUUUUGGGAACUUUAUCACUUUUUAUGGUGAACUCAGUGACGAAUGCCCAGAUUAGAGAUGAUGCUUACAACGGUGGAUGUAUGGGUGUCAGAGGGCCUUGGAUCUGGCUCUUUGUCGGAUUUGUUGUGGGAUUUUUUGCUGUCAUUGCUGCAUGUUGGAUUUUAUUCGCUGAUUUCGUUGCGAAGGAUGCUCCACACCACUGGCCAGGAAUCGCCAUUUUCAUGCAAAAUAUCUUCAUCUUUCUUGGUUCCUUGACUUACAAAUUCGGCAGAUCCGAGGAUCAAUGGAACUGAAAUGCCUUGACCUGUUUUUUAUUAUUCAUCAAUAUCUUUUAAAUUUCUACAAAAUUAACAAUGAAAAAAACUCAUAAAUCGGGGAAAUUGUUUCAAUACUUGUAAUAUUAUUUAUUGAUUGACUACCUUCAAUAAUAUACUCACAUGCAACAAGUGUAAUCUAAGAUCUAGUAAUUUUACGAAUUAAUUAUAUAUAAUAAAUAAAGAUGAAAAAUAUUUCAAAAAAA